UUCUUCCGCGUUAGCGCCCUCAGGUAGGGGGUCCGCGGAGGGGCGCCGACCGUGCCACCGGUCCCGCCUGGAACCUCGAUAAGGGGAGCCCGGCCCCGAUGGCCGCAGCAGGUGGACACUGAGGACUUCCUGGAGGAGGCGGCGCGCGGAGGGUCGGAGGCGCGGAGCAGGAUGAAGAAAUACAUGAACGCCUCCCUAUGGAACUCCCCCCAAAAUGAGAGCAAACGAAGGCUCUUCAUUCAGAUCCUGCUAUAGCAAGGGAUUGAGCCACCAUCACCUGUUUGGCCGAGACUCAAAGCCUGAUGGCAGUGAUCCUGCCCCACCUCGGAGACCAGGACUUGGAAGGUGUAUUCCUGGCAGCUGGAUGGAAGGAGUUGUUGUCCUUUGAUGACGUGGCCAUGUACUUCACCAGAGAAGAAUGGAAGAGACUUGACUGGGCCCAGAAAGACCUCUACAGAGAUGUGAUGCUGGAGAACUACAGAAACAUGAUCUUGUUGGAGAUUAUGACUGAUUUGGAUUCCAAAGGAUUUCAGUUUCCCAAACCUGAGGUGAUCUGCCUGCUGGAGCAAUGGGAAGAACCAUGGAUCCUGGAUCUUCCAAGAGCUGGGACUAGGAAGGCUACCAGUACUUGUCCAGGUUCUGAAGCUAGAUGCAAGAUGAAAAAGCCAACUCCAAAGCAGAAAAUUUCAGAAGAUGUAGAGUCCUGUAAGACAUCAGUAAAGCAGAAAAUGGCCAAGAGACUUGGAGAAAAGUUACAUAAAUGUAAUGAGUUGGUGGACAUUUACAGACUCACAUUCCCUACUAUUGGUGAUGAAUGUCACAAGGACUUCCUUCAAAACCUCCACCUUAUUCAAAUUCAGAAUGCUCAAACAAGGAAGAAGCAGGGCAAAUGUGAGGAAAAUGGAAAACCUUUCAAUCACAGAUCAUUCCUUUUGCAGCAUAAGCAAAUUCUUACAAAUGCAAAAUCUUAUGAGUGCAGUGAAUGUGAUAGAGUCUUCAGGCGUCAGGCUAAUUUUGUUCGACAUCAAAGAGUUCACACAUCAGAGGAUCCCUUUGAAUGUGACAUAUGUGGGCAAGCCUUCAAACAGAAGUCUACUCUUAUUGUCCAUAAACAAUGUCACCCUCAAAAAAAGCCAUAUAAGUGUCAUGACUGUGGAAAAUUUUUCCGCCAGAUGGCAUAUCUUAUUGAACAUAAGAGGAUCCAUACCAAAGAAAAACCCUAUAAAUGUAGUGAGUGCAAAAAAACAUUUAGUCAGAAUUCAACCCUUAUUCGACAUCAGUUAAUCCACAGUGGACAAAAACCCCAUAAGUGUCUUGAAUGUGGAAAAGCCUUUGGUCGGCAUUCGACCCUUUUGAGCCAUCAACAGAUUCAUACUAAACAGAACACUCACAAAUGCAGUGAAUGUGGACAGUCCUUUAGCCGAAGUGUAGAUCUCAUUCAGCAUCAAAGAACCCAUACCAAGGAGGAAUUCUUCGAAUGUAGAGAAUGUGGAAAAACUUUUAGUUUUAAGGCAAAUCUUCAUCGUCAUGAGGUCAUUCAUACCGGAGAAAGACCCUAUAGAUGUGACAAAUGCGGAAAAUCUUUCAUCUGGCGCACAAGCUUUAUUAAGCAUCAGGGUACUCACAGACAACAGAUACCCAUGUGAUACUAACUGGAAAAAGACCAUUUUGGGGAUCCAUGGGUGGCUCGGUGGUUUAGUGCCUGCCUUCGGCCCAGGGUGUGACCCUGGAGUCCCGGGAUCAAGUCCCAUGUCAGGCUCCCUGCGUGGAGCCUGCUUCUCCCUCUGCCUGUGUCUCUGCUUCUCUCUCUCUCUCUCUC